AAGCUAAGCGCUUUAUGAGCGCGCGGAGAGAGAAGCGCUGAUUGAGAAAUAAAUAAGGACGCUAGUGUCAUUUGCGCUCAUAGAGGCGUCGGAUCUUACAGAAUAUUCCUACUUACAAACCUUUUCGAGCGUGGGACGUACAGCUUGCCUCCUUUCAGAAACUUUCUGCCUUUGCUUUCUUGACUCUGUUUAUUUAUUGGUGCUUUUGUGGCUUUAAGCACAAAGUCAUAAGACUGUGCCAGACUAUAUUUAUCUAGUAUAUAAACAACCUGCCAAAGUGAACAACUCGGAUUAAAAAGAAGAUCAGGCGACACAUUUGGAGACGUUUUCGCGUUCUGACAGACUUCUAGGUAUGUCUGUAGAAGUUAGUUCAACUCUGGACAGGUAACCAGGUGUCACUGUUGCUAUGGCAACACAGAUUCUGCCGUUGUUGCCUGCCCUCCUCACUGUCCUCCUCGUUUCCUGGACGGCAGCCCAGGACGUGGAUUGGCAUUUUGACUCUGCUAAGUGUCGCUAUGCUCUGGGGAUGGAGGAUGGCACCAUACCCGACUCUGAUAUCACCGCAUCCAGCGCCUGGUCCGACUCGACCGAGGCCAAACACGGCAGGUUGAGUACUGGAGAGGGGGACGGGGCGUGGUGUCCAGCUGGUCCAGUGUUUCCCAGCGGCUCAGAGUACCUGCAGGUGGAUCUGCGCAAGCUUCAUUUUCUGUCUCUGGUGGGCACACAGGGUCGCCAUGCAGACGGGCUCGGGCGGGAGUUUGCACGCAGUUACCGGCUGCAUUACUCUCGUGAUGGACGACACUGGAUAACGUGGAAGGACCGCUGGGGACAGGAGGUGGUGUCAGGGAACGAGAACACAUAUGAUGUGGUCCUGAAGGACCUGGGUCCGCCCAUCAUAGCGCGCAUGGUGCGCUUCUACCCGCUGGCGGACCGCGUGAUGAGCGUGUGUCUAAGAGUUGAACUCUACGGUUGUGUUUGGAAGGACGGACUAAAGGCAUACACCGCUCCUGUGGGUCAUGUGAUGGACCUGUCAGACACUCCUGUCUACCUUAAUGACUCCAUCUAUGAUGGCAGUAAAGAGGCAGGGGUGAUCUUCGGAGGAUUGGGCCAGUUGUGUGAUGGUGUUUUAGGUGGGAAUGAUUUCAUGGAGAGUAAAGAGCUGAGAGUGUGGCCAGGAUAUGAUUACGUCGGCUGGAAUCGAGAAACCUUGGGCCAGCCCACUGUUGACAUUGAGUUUCACUUCGAGAAAACACGGGUCUUUCACACCAUGCAGGUGCACAGUAAUCACAGACACACUCAGCAUGUGCGGGUGUUCAACGAAGUGGUGUGUGAGUUUAAGGCCAGUCUGUUGAGCCCGUGGGCGGAGCCUGCGCUCAGUCUUCAAGUGCCGCUGUCUGACCUACACGACCCUUCGUCCCGCACCAUCUCACUGCCACUCGGAGGACGACCCGCGCAAAUUCUCCGCUGCCGUUUUUCUUUCAGUGACCACUGGCUCCUCAUCAGCGAGAUAAGCUUCUACUCGAUGCCAUUUGAGGAUGGAUCCAUCCUUUCUCCUCUGCCUUCCUCCAGCACUCGUCCUCUCAAUGCUACUUCUCCUCCAACCCCCAGCCCCGCAAACGGAACCAGCAGCCCCACCGACCUCCUCAUGACCAUUACUUCACUGCUGCCCAGCAGCAUACCAACAGAGUUUCCUGCUGUCACUCUGAGGGCGGGCUUACCUAUGGCCAAAGAUGACAGCAGCAACACGGCCAUCCUGAUUGGCUGCCUGGUUGGAAUUAUCCUGCUCCUAUUGGCUGUCAUAGCUGUCAUACUUUGGAGGCAGUACUGGAAGAAACUACUUGGCAAGGCCCAAGGCAGCCUCUCCAGCGACGAGUUGCGGGUUCAUCUUUCGGUUCCAUCGGACAACGUGGUGAUCAACAACACUAACACCCACACAUACUCCAGCCGCUACCAGCGCAUACACACCUUCCCCGACGACCGGGACCGCGAGGGAGAAUACCAGGAGCCCAGCACUAUACUGCGGCCCCGAGGGCAACGUGAUAGCACAGCACUGCUGUUAAACAACCCAGCAUAUCAUCUCCUCCUGUCUGACCUGACACAUGGCCCCAACAGGCUGACAAACUGCCACAGCCAGCAAGAAAAGCCCCAAAACCUGUCCCAGGCAUGUGCUAUUGAUAUGGUUGAUAAAGGCCUACCAAUUCAGGAGGGACCGCCUCCUUACCCCGGAGCUCCGCCUCCUGGCCUGUCAGCAGCUCAUUAUGGAGAAGCUUCCGGAGUCGGGGGAAGCGUUCCUCAUUAUGCAGAAGCUGACAUCAUCAGUCUGCAAGGUGUUAGUGGUAACAAUACAUAUGCAGUCCCCGCCCUCUCAGCCACGCCCACUGAUUGUCCACUACUGCCCGAGUUGCCACGGGAACGACUUAUAUUCAAAGAAAAGCUGGGAGAAGGACAAUUUGGAGAGGUUCAUCUGUGUGAGAUUGAAAACCCUCAGGACCUCGCAAACCUUGAGUUCCCAUUUAAUGUCAGGAAAGGGCGCCCUCUGCUGGUGGCUGUGAAGAUUUUAAGGCCAGAUGCCUCUAAAAAUGCCAGGAAUGAUUUUCUGAAGGAGGUGAAGAUUUUAUCUCGCCUGAAGGAUCCGAACAUAAUCCGCCUGCUGGGUGUGUGUGUAAGCAGCGACCCAUUGUGUAUGGUCACAGAGUACAUGGAGAGCGGCGACCUCAAUCAGUACCUCUCCCAUAGAGUGUUGCUGGACAAGACCGGCCCUUCACAUAAUACACCAACCAUCAGCUACCCAGCUUUGAUCUCCAUGGCGAGUCAGAUCGCAUCAGGAAUGAAGUUCUUGUCGUCUCUGAACUUUGUGCACCGAGACCUGGCCACGCGGAACUGCUUGGUGGGUGGAGAGAGGGGUGAGGGGGAGGACCGCGGCGGAGAGCGCCAGAUAAAGAUAGCUGAUUUUGGCAUGAGCAGGAACCUCUAUGCUGGCGAUUACUACAGGAUACAGGGACGAGCUGUGCUGCCUAUUCGCUGGAUGGCAUGGGAGUGCAUCCUCAUGGUGAGAACUAUGUUUGCUCUAAUAAAUGAAAAUACACAGGAAUAUUAGUGACAAACUUUUUUUUAUUGAUUAGCUGCAUUCGGCGUGACGCUAUGGGAGAUGCUGAGUGUGUGUCAGGAGCAGCCGUACAGUCACAUGACCGAUGAACAGGUCAUUGACAACGCAGGGGAGUUUUUCAGAGACCAGGGCAGACAGGUGUACCUGUCUCGCCCGGCUGUGUGCCCACAGGGUUUGUAUGAGCUGAUGCUUAGCUGCUGGAACAGAGACUGUAAACUACGGCCUUCCUUUGCGUACAUUCACUCCUUCCUCACCGAAGACGCCAUGAACAUGGUUUAGAAAGUGACAGAGAGAUGAAAAGCGGAAGAACGUAAGAAAGUGUGUGUGGACCACAGGCUGGUGGUGUGUUUUUCAGCAGACACGGCUAAGCACUCUUAUGUAAAUUCGUGUCUUUUUUGAUGGGUGGGUUGGGGCAAAUAAAAGCCGCAGGUUCGGUGCCCCUAAAUGACCCACUUCUCACCCCUUAUCCUGAAAUCCUGAACUCUUCAAGCAACAUUUUAUCCCCAAAUCAUUUUAGACUCGCUGUUCCCCCUCUAUCAAUACUUAUCACAUCACUAUUCCACAGUAUUUAGUUUCACAGAGACACAAAUCUCCCAGAAUGCACCACAGAAAUGGUUCUUUUUUCUUUUUUUUUUCUCUGAAACAUUAUUCUGCCUGAUUUUUUCUCGGUGAACCUAAGAAUGAAACCUCUCUGUAAAUGUUUCCUGCUGUAAAACUGAAGUCUUUUGUGUUCUGUGAGGUCCAGUAAUGACGACUAAGCGCUGACGAUGGUCUAACGGGAAUAAUGUGGGAUUGGUUUUGGGAUAAAAUGUUGCUUGGCAUCUGAACCUUAAAUCCUGGUCCUCUAACCUGUAUCAAAACUGUCUCUUCAUUCCCUAGACACUGAAUAGAUCUCGAAACAUAAUCAUGUAAACUGGUGGAGGGUUUCAUAGCUAAAUGACAAAAGCACAAGGCUCUAUAAACUGUCCAUUUAGGGAAACAUUUGACAGAUAUGCGUAUUAAAACAUACAAUAGCAGAAAUACAGAAAUAGUGCAUAUUAAGUGAAAAUAGUGAAUAACAUUUGAAUCAGUAAAUUCAGUCUAACUUUGCUAGCAUUCGUAGUCAUGUAGACAAUCUGAGGCUGUAUCAGGCAGUUUUUCAUGUCUUUUCUGUGGUGGAGGGUAAUUCAUCAUUAAGAAAUGCUCGUUAAACAUUCAACACUGAGUGGGGCGUUUUCAUGGACAAAAACUACAAUUAUACAUUUUUAAUAAUUGUUAUAAUUCUGUAAGAACAAGGAAACCCACUCCACCGCUAUAAUGAUAUCAACAGAGAAACAAUAUGGUGGGAAUCGCUUUCAGAAUGCAGAAAGCCAAUCAAAAUCUGACUUUAAGGGGCUUAAGCAUUUAAACUGCAGCCUGUGCUUGUAAUAAACAGAGCAUUAUCGUGUGUUGGUAUCUCUUUCAUUCUUGGUUCGAGUGGGCCUUUCCUCAGUUAUCUCAACAUUUAGUCACUCCAUCCUUCAUUGACUACAAAGGCCUGUUCACACCAAGAAAAAUGACCAUAACGAUAAUUAUCUAGCAUUCACACCAAUAGACGAUCAUGUUUUGUUUAUUAUAAGCACUUGCUGCAGUUAUAUUGUCGUCCACUAUAAAUACUCGAGGAUUCUGAUUGGCUGUCAAUGUUUUAGCAUCCAUCAGCUAGAAAAACAAAAUAUUCUGAACGUAAUUCCAAUGAUAUUCUUUAAUUAAGGCCCAUUCUCACUAAGGAUGAUAACUAUAAAGCUUUAAUUAUUCGAAUUCUAACAAUAAGAAGUCCACACUACAACCACAAUGAUAAUGACACAAAGGAACAAUAUCAUUGUAAUCACUUUCAGAAUAAUCCCCCCCCCCCCGAAUCAGAAUCCACUUGACUUUAAAGAGCUUGAGCAUUUAAAGCGGCAGAAUAAUUGCAUCACAUGCUUAUGAUAAAUAUGAAGUUAUUAGACACCAAUAUAGUUAUUGUUCUUGGAGUGAACGGGCGUUAAGUGUGAAUGUGAUUUAUUUGAUGACACGAAAAAUGAUUGCAUAUGGUUUUUGAAAUGACCUGCCAGUAUGUGCACUGACUUGAAUAAGCUGAAUGCACAUCCUGAACUUUUGGGCAUCAGUAUAUUCUGUGUAGAAUUUAAAGAUGCUUUUGAAUGGGAUGUAUGGAAUUGGCUACCAAUGCAUUAUUUGAAAAGUCUGAAUAUGAGCCUGGACUUGCCAGAAAUGAGCCUGGAAGAAUUUGAAAGAGAAAGAGAGGAAAAAAACAAGCAGAGUGGCCACAGACAUGUACAUUUAUACCAAUAAGUUUGACAAAGUUAUUGCCUACAGAAUGAGAAAUGAACUGGAUGAACAGAAAAAUAAGCAAAGCAUUUGUCCUGAAUUUACUAUGUAAACCUGUAGGACAUUUGCAGGAAACUCUCUUAAAGCUACAGUACGCAAUUGCAUACUGCAGACUGUAGAUAAAGACCUCUUCCUCAUUUAAGAGUAAGACCGUGUGUGUAGGUGGGGGUGGAGAGCAACAUGUAUACUGUAAUAUACACAGAAGAAUGUGAUUCCCAAAUGGUUAUAUAACCAUGCUGAUUAUGCUUAUUGAAUGACCUUUAACUUUUUUUGGUACACUGAGGCCCUGAACCUUUAUUGUAUUUUUAUAUAUAUAGUUUUGGGCAUGUUCUGUCCUCAGCUAUUCAUGUUUCAUAAAUAAUGAAAAAUGUAAAUACUUCAUGGGACAUAAUUUUCUUCAUUAAUAUUGCUAUCUGUUAUUAAUCGGGUCUGUCUGUCUCUGUUUUAGACUUCCCUGCCUGUGUUAGUCGGUGUCAUUGCCUGUGCUGUUGUCUAUUUUUGUAGGUGUUUUAAUAAAGUAACCUUUUCAAAUAAA